CGAGGAACGCAUUUUCCGCUGUCAAGGAAUCGAAGGCUUGCUGUUUGGUCGAUCGGUUUGGCUGAUCUAGAGAAGUCAUCUCGUGCUUUGUUUUUUCCUGUGUUUUUUUUUGCGUCGUAUUAGCUGCUUAACUUUAAUCAAGAUGCCAGGCAAAAAGGGAGCAACCAAAGCUGCACCAAAGGUUGAUAGCCAGCCAGAAAAAACUCCAGAAGUCCACGAGGAAAAAGCCCCAGAAGCAGAAGUAGAGAAAGAAGAGCCAACUGUCGAAAACGUCGAAGAAAGAAAGAACCCCGAAAAAAAAGGACGAGGACGUCCAAAAAAGACUGACAGCAGCGAACCUUCAACUAAGAAGCCCAAGCAAGUUAAAGAGAGAAAUCCACCUUCUCGUGUAAGCAGGAGAGUGGCAAACAUGAAGAGUGGUGUGACAGAACCAGCAGUGAACGCCGAACAAGAACCCAAGAACAAAGAUGUCAGCUCAAAGAAAGCACAGGCAAAAGCUCAAGAAGGAAAGAAAGAGCUAUCUGCCUCAAAUGGAGCUACUGAACAAGCCGUUGAGAGUUGAUUUACUUCUAUAAACACUAUGUCUUUACAACCAAAGAGUUUUCUUGGAACUGAGACGGUAAACAAGUGACUUUAGUCUUUGUGUUUCGUUCGUCAUCUUCGACAAGCUUCCAACCUUGCCUUUUAUAUACAUAACUUACAUUUAUUCACCCGAAAACUAGUUUUAAGUUUUCCGUUAGAAUUCUUUAUGCUUUGAUUAGAUAUUUCUCUCUACUUUUGUAGUCGUACAUUUUUUUGUCGUAAAUUCGUUGUAUAGUGUAAAAAGGGUCCAUAUAAACACUGGGGCCAUAAAGCAUGCGGCUGUAAAACAGCCAUUUGACCCAUUGAUCUACGUUUCGAUUUAAUAAAAUUUUACAGAAAGAAAGCUCAUUGUACUUAUCUUGAACAUUUUCAAACUUGUCGUUUAAGAGCUCAUCAUUCGUUUUAUGUGUAAUGUGUUACUGAAAGUAUAACACAACGGACUUUAGUUUUAGUUCUCGAGUAAGUUUAUCGUGCAUCCUAUGACUUCGACUUACAUUGUAAAUGUUCUCUGUGUGAAAGACCAUAGUAAAGUCUUCCAUUUUUUAAA